CUCAGUGUGAUAUAUAAGCAGGAAACCUUCACAUUCCUGAAUUACUUGGAUUGAAGAAGAGACUCCAACCUCAAAAAUACCUGCUGCUGAAGAGCACACGUCCAAAGACACAUCUGCUGUGUGUCGUGCAUUGCCCUGUGUUAGACUCAGCAUGCUGCUCACCGCCUUCACUCAGCCCGUGACUAAGUGCCUGAUUGGUUCGCACUUGGGGACGGUUGUAUUCCUGCUGCUGCUCAUUCUGUCCGCCUCUGAGACCUCUGCACACGGCACCACAGUCGAACAUGACCUCCACAUCGUCCACAACGUCGAUAACAGAAGUCCAGAGAUCGAUCCGUUCUGGUAUGUGGGACGAGGUGUGAGACCCAUUGGACGGUUUGGGAAGAGACAAAGUGGUGGUGGUCUGCAGCCGGUGGUCAAAUCACUGGAGCUCCUAUUGAACACACUCAGGAAUAAGGAGAGCUUGCAGAGCGCGCUGGCACAGGAGGAGUCAGACUGGUUACCGUGAUGCAACUGAUUACAGCCACCUGCUUUCUGUAAUAUUUUAAUGUAUUAGUGUGUAUAACUAAUCAUAGUUUUCUCAUUCUCUCCCUGGCUGUGUGCAUCCCCAUAUGGAAAGAUUAUACAUGGAAAACAGGCAAAUGACAUAUAUGAGAUAAUACUUUCAUAUUUGGAAUUUAUAAAAAAUAUGUAAUAUUGUUAAAAAUAUUGUAAUGUAUAUUAAUGGGUGCUUACAUAUGGAGUUUUUUAACCAUUGGAAUGACAGAUAUAGAGCUGGUCAGAAUUAUUAGCCCCCCCCCCUUUGAAUUAAAAAAUAGAUAUGAUGA